CUUAAAGCUUCGAGUUUUGUGGUCCGCGGAAGCUUAUCUUUACCAAUCAUAUGCUAGGGUUUACGCCGAAACUACCUAAUCCGAGCAAGGCAGGGUCAAGCUAGCAGGCUAGUAAAGGUCUCCAGGUAUCUAGAUCUAUAUUUCCUUGUUUCGUGCCUUGUAACUCGUGCAAGUGAAAACGAUCCUUCUUCAGCCUUAUCAUCCACCCCCCCUCUAUCCCCUCCUUAUGAGGCAUUCCGAAAAUUGUGCAUGUUCCACAUACGUACCUAGUAUGCUACAUAUAUCAUAGACAUCCGCUUUACCUAAGACUUUCGGUCGAGUAUUUAUAUAGUCUCCUUGUGGCGUCUGGACUUUUUUGACAUCAAUUGAACAUCAAUUGGCGACUCUUGUAUGGCGAGAGCAGUUCGUCUUCCUUCCUUCUAUAUACCUACAUUUUCUUGUCACAUCACGAUUCGGAGUUACUAGCUGAUCAGCUGCACGACCCCUAUACUCUUUUCUUCCGCAGAACUCAAUUCGGUAUGGCUCUAACGCAACCCAUCACAGUCGAGGCUCUGCCAGAUCUCCUCAAGGAUGAUACCAAGGUUAAGCUGUCCGGAGUUGACGUCGACGGGAUGCUACGAGGGAAGAUCGUGUCCAAGAAGAAGUUCCUAUCGAUAGCCAAGGAAGGAUUCGGUUUCUGCAGCGUCAUUUUUGGCUGGGACAUGCACGACAGGACUUACGAUAAGGAGCUCAAGAUUAGCAAUAAGCAGAACGGUUAUCGCGACUUGAUCGCCGUGCCUGAUUUGAAUAGCUUUCGGCGCAUCCCUUGGGAGGACAACGUUCCUUUUUUCUUAGUUAGCUUCUUCGACGACGACUCGAAACCGGUGUGCGCCGAUCCGCGCGGCCUGCUCAGAACUACGGUCGAGAAGCUGCGAAAGGAGGGCUACGACGCCAUGGCGGGAGCCGAGAUCGAAUUCUUCCAAUUUAAGGUGCCCUCUUCGUCCUCAUCCACCACGGAUUCCCCCGCCCCGUCCGUUACCGCGUAUCUAAACGACAAUCCGCCGCACGCGCUACCGCCCUUGACCGAGGGAAUGUUCGGAUACAGCGUCACGCGACCAACUCUCAACAAGUCGUAUUACUACGACGUGUAUAAUUCUUGCGCUAAAUUCAAAUGCGAUCUGGAAGGAUGGCACACCGAGAGCGGGCCCGGAGUUUACGAAGCGGCGCUGGAGUUCGGCCAGAUAUCCGAGAUGGCCGACCGCGCAUCUCUUUUCAAGUACGUCGUCAGGUCGGUAGCUAGCGGCUACGGCAUCACCCCCUGCUUUAUGGCAAAACCGAGGCACGGUCUACCGGGAAACAGCGGGCAUACCCACGUGUCCGUCGUAGAUAAGGACGGCAAGAAUCUAUUCUUCCGCGAAGAAAAGGACGAGAACGCCAAGUAUCCCGACAUCGCCAACUUGAGCGAUCUCGGAAGACAUUUUCUCGCGGGUAUCUUGGAGGGAUUGCCCGACGUGAUGCCCAUGCUUGCGCCUACGAUAAAUAGUUACAAGCGGUUGGUCGAGAACUUCUGGGCCCCCGUGACCGUCUCCUGGGGCCUCGAACAUCGCGCCGCGUCCGUCCGGCUAAUCGCACCGCCAACUUCUAAACCCGGCGCGACUCGGUUCGAGGUUCGCGUGCCGGGAGCAGACGCGAACCCUUACUUCGUCAUGUCGGCCGUGUUGGCCCUGGGCUGGCGCGGCGUAGAGAAGAAGCUCGAAAUUCCGAUCCCUCCGCUUGGAAAAGAGCAGGACGUGGGAGACACCGCCGACCAAGGUGCCCGACUGGCGAGAAAUUUGAGGGAGGCCACCGACAGGUUUAUGCGAAAAGAUAGCAUCGCUCGCGAAGUGUUCGGUGACGAUUUCGUGGAUCAUUUCGGCGGCACCCGGGAGAACGAGAUCCGGUUGUGGGAUGAGGCCGUGACGGACUGGGAAUUGAAACGAUACAUCGAAACGGUAUGAGUAACAUGUAACGGUUGACGCUUGUUGAUGAUGCUUUUUAGUCUGGAUGUAUGAUAUCCUGUAUAACAGCCCCGAGACGAGAUUGUCAUUCUUCCCGAUAGAGCUUUGAAAUGAGAAAUUGUAUUUUUUUGAGCGCAGAGCUUACUAGAUUACGACAACCCGCGUAUUAAUAUGCGACUUUGGUAAAUUUAACCAACAGUCAGAUCUCGUGACUGGAUUAUGUGAGAUUCUCAUUUCUUAGUCUCGAGAUAGUUCCGGGUAAGUAUAACCGUCGGUCCUUUUAUAGAAGCUUGAAGACAACAAGUUGCCAAGGCUCUUAUGUUCGACUGGCAAAAGUCGAAUAUCUAGGACUUGCCCGACUGGUUGCACAAGAUUCAAUUAAGAGACAGCGACGGCUCUAAUAUACGCCGUUUUCGUUGCGGGUCAGUGUAGUACAGCCAUGAUCUCUAGG